AUGCUUUCCUGCACCUUUUCACUGUCCUCCGGUGUGACUGUAGGAAGAGGUCUGUGGAAGCUCAACUGCUCCCUGUUAAAGGAGACUGACGUAGUCCGUCAGUACAGGGAGCAGUACAAAGAGUGGCAGACCCUUCAGGACUUGCACGAGACACGAGCACACUGGUGGGAGAUGGUAAAAGCCCGGACUAAGACCUUUUUUAGACGGGUGGAGGGAUUGAUUCACCCGGAUCAAGCCUGUGCCGUCCCCGGGAGGAGGAUCACCGACAGCCUCGUACUGAUCCGAGACACCAUCUGUUAUGCGAGAGACAGAAACAUUCGGCUAGUAGUCCUAAAUCUAGACUUUGAGAAAGCCUUCGAUCGGGUCUCGCACCAGUACCUCUUUGAGGUGCUGCGAAAAGUGGGUUUACCUGACAGGCAGUGCAAAUCAACUGCGGUGUCCGUCGGGGCUGUCCGUUAUCUGCCCCUGUACAUCUGCAUCGAGCCCUGCACAGUCUUGAGGGACCAGAAUCGGGGGGGGCAUCCGGAGCGGGAACCAGUGAGUCCGGUGCGCGGGCUCGCAAUCGGCGAGCCCUCACAGGUGUGGCGCAACGUGAACCAUCCUGCUCUGCCAAACAGACUCCGGGACCUGUCCUGGAUGAUAGCUCAUGAGGUCCUCCCAGUCAGGUCCGUCAUGCACUCCCGGGGCCUCUUGCAGUCCGCGACCUGUCCCCGGCCGGGUUGUGGCGCGCCCGAGUCGGUGAGACACUUGCUCUGGGAGUGCAGCGCCGCCGUCGACCAGUGGGCAACAGCCGGCUCCUUACAAUUCCCGUACCUACCAGCAGGGGAGGUCCUCACAGCACAGCUGAUGCUGUACGGGGUGGGCCUAAGUCCAAAUUCAAAAAAGGACUUCACAAGAAUCUGGCUCACCCUCGCCGCCACCAAAGACGCCAUAUGGACCUCCAGAAACCUGCUGGUAGGAAGGCACAUGCAGAUCCCCCCCGUGGCUGUGAUCCGGAUGGCAGCAGCCACAGUCCGAGAGGCUGUGGCUGCAGGCGGCGGGCCCUAG